AUGGGGACACCGGGCUUCCUAACUCACACCGGGGUCCCCAGACCUCCCCACCGUCACACCGGGGUCCCCAGACCUCCCCACCGAGUCCUCCAACCCCCCAUAGAAGGAAGAAGAACCAAAAUCAUGGGGACCGAAAACCAGCAACAAAGUCACAUCCACAACCUUCUCGGUGGUGUCACUGAUAUCCCAGAUGUUCCGGGUCGGCAGAUUUUCGGUGAUGACGUUUCUGGGAUUUCACCGUCUUUAGUAACUGUUUUUUCUUUCAGGGCCGCCAUGGAAACGGUGGAGUUGGAGGUUUUCGAUCUGGAGAGUCGCUUGGAGAAGCUGGUGAAGCUCUCCUCCCAUAUGAUGGACGGAGGACGUCAUUACUGCACCAGUAGCCGCCAGUUUGUCUGCGCCUUGCGUGAGUUGUCCCACCAUUCCCCCGAGGACGCCAUGCUGAAGGAAUGCUUGGAUCGUUUCUCCGACAGUCUGAAUAAGAUUGUAGACAAUCACGUGGAGCUCCUGGACUCCAUCCAACAAAGCUUCAAACACAAACUGCAUCACCUCCUGAAAGAAGACGUGCGUUCCUUCCGAGACAGCCGCAAAGAGCUGGAGCGCUGCCGAGAGGGACUGGAGAGCGCCCUGAACCACAAUGCCGAGAUUCCCCGCAAGAAGGCGCAGGAGAUGCCGGACGCCGGGGUGACGGUGCAGACCUCCCGCAAGGUGUUCCGGGAGCGAGUCCUGGAUUAUACGCUGCAGAUCAACGUCAUCCAAGGAAAGAAGAAGUUCGACAUUCUGGAGUUUAUGCUGCAUUUGAUAGAUGCUCAGACUUGUUUCCUGACGCAGAGUCACAAUGUCCUGCAGAAUGUGGAGGAAUAUCGGAAGACCCUGGCCGCACAGGUCCAUCAGACGGUCCUACAAGGGGCUCGAGAGCACAGAGAUCUGGAACAGAAGCUGAUCAGCAUGAAACACCAGAAUGUUUCCGAUGAGGACGCCGUCUUCCAGGGUGAGGGAGACGCCUCGGAGAUUGUGAUUGAAGGUUACCUCUUCAAGAGGGCCAGUAACACCUUUAAGACCUGGAGCCGUCGCUGGUUUUCUAUUCAGAACAAUCAACUGGUUUAUCAGAAAAAAGUGGAUGUGGUGACGGUUGUUAUCAUGGACCUCCGGCUCUGCGCUGUCAAAUUGUGCCCCGAUGCCGACAGGCGGUUCUGCUUCGAGGUUGUGUCACCAACCAAGUCCUGCAUGCUGCAGGCAGAGUCCGAUCGGGUCUUACAGCUGUGGGUGAGCGCGGUUCAGAGAAGCAUCACAACGGCUUACAGUGAGAAUAAGAGGGACAGCGGAAGUAUUAGAUUGCCGCGUUCACCGGCUGAGACUCCGGCACUGCAGAAGGGAGGAGCGCCGAACUCACAAGAUACUAUCAUGAGAGUCGCAGGAAAUGCGGCCUGCUGUGACUGCCGAGCCGCCGAGCCAGAGUGGGCGAGCAUCAAUCUGGGGGUCACCCUGUGCAUCGAGUGCAGUGGAAUUCACAGGAGCCUGGGAGUCCAUUUCUCCAAGGUCCGGUCACUAACACUUGACACCUGGGAGCCGGAGCUUGUUAAGCUCAUGUGUGAACUCGGGAACGGCAUUAUUAAUUCCAUCUACGAGGCCCGAAUAGAUGAGAUGAACAUGAAGAAACCGACAUCUUCCAGCACACGAAGCGAGAAGGAAAUCUGGAUCAAAGCAAAAUACGUGGAGAAGAAAUUCAUCACCAAACUUCCCCAGAUGGCUCUGCGCAGCAACCCGCAUCAUGAUAACUCCUCCUCCUCCCGGCCAAUCAGCAACCCGGAGAGCAGGACCCUGGAGGUCAAACCCUCCACGGCAUCCAGCAAGUGGCCACCCAGCAACAUGGGAAGAGAAAGCAGCCAGGCGGACGCAGGUCCCGUAAAGGCCAACAGAGAGGCGGGGCCUGAGAUUAACCGACCAAUCAGCCGACUACACAGGCCCUCUAAACCUCACCUGAAACCAAAGCCAGGGACAGCUCCUCCCCCACCCGGCGCUGCCAUGUCCGGAAAAGAUGACGGGACUGAUGUGCGGAAUCUCCAUCCUGGGGCCCUUCUGUACCGGGCCGCUGAACACCGAUAUCUCCCCACCAUGGCGGACGCACUGGCGCACGGUGCCGACGUGAACUGGGUACGCAGUGACGAGGAUGGGCGGACCCCCCUAAUCCGAGCCGUGCUCUCUGAUUCUCUGGUGGCCUGCGAGUUUCUUCUGCAGAACGGGGCGAGCGUCAAUCAAGCCGACAAAGAUGGCCGAGGACCCCUCCAUCAUGCCACGCUGCAGGGCUACACGGGGUUGGCUUGUCUGUUCCUGAAGAGAGGAGCCGACAUUAACGCCUUGGACAAUGAGAAGAAGGACGUUCUCUCCAUCGCCAUAGAAACAGCCAAUGCCGACAUUGUAACCUUGCUGAGACUGGUGAAGAUGAGGGAGGCGGAUAUCGCUCUUGGCCAGGCCGGGGACGAGACGUACAUGGAUAUAUUCCGGGAUUUCUCGCUGAUGGCGUCGGAUUCCCCUGAGAAGUUGUCCCGGAGACCCUGCGACAUGCGUCUGAGCACUCUGUGAGGGGGCCGGCGGUGGGCGGGUCCCCGGCGGUGGGCGGAUCAAUAACUCUGACGCUGCUUUCUAAUAAAUAGCCAUUUUAUUGAUGACAUGGGAGCUCAGUGUUAGCGGUGUGUGAUGAUGUCACAGCGCAGGGGGCG